ACGCCACCCGCGUUUCAGUCGCUUGGAUUCCACGGGUCCCGGUACCCAGGACGUGGGAGGAUGGAGUGGGUGUGCUGCCUGUGAGCGUGAGCUUGGGGUGCCAACGUCAUGCCCAAGCAGGUUGAAGUGCGAAUGCAUGACAGCCACCUCAGCUCGGAGGAGCCGAAGCCCCGGCAUCUGGGGCGGCGGCUGUGCGACAAGCUGGGGAAGAACCUCCUGCUCACUCUGACGGUGUUCGGUGUCAUCCUGGGGGCAGUGUGCGGAGGGCUUCUUCGCUUUGCAUCUCCUAUCCACCCUGAUGUGGUUAUGUUAAUAGCCUUCCCAGGGGAUAUACUCAUGAGGAUGCUAAAAAUGCUCAUUCUCCCUCUAAUCAUCUCCAGUUUAAUCACAGGGUUGUCAGGCCUGGAUGCCAAAGCCAGUGGGCGCUUGGGCACAAGAGCCAUGGUGUACUACAUGUCCACGACCAUCAUCGCCGCUGUCCUGGGGGUCAUCUUGGUCUUGGCCAUCCACCCAGGGAACCCCAGACUUAAGAAGCAGCUGGGGCCUGGGAAGAAGAAUGAUGAAGUGUCCAGCCUGGAUGCCUUUCUGGACCUCAUUCGAAAUCUCUUCCCAGAAAACCUGGUCCAAGCCUGUUUCCAACAGAUUCAAACAGUGACGAAGAAAGUCCUGGUGGCACCUCAAUCAGAAGAGGAAGGCAAUGUCACCAACUCUGUCGUCUCCCUGUUGACGGAGGCUGCGACAGAGGCGCCUGAGGAAACCAAGGUGGUUAUCAAGAAGGGCCUGGAGUUCAAGGACGGCAUGAAUGUCUUAGGUCUGAUUGGGUUUUUCAUUGCUUUCGGCAUCGCCAUGGGGAAGAUGGGCGAGCAGGCCAAGCUGAUGGUCGACUUCUUCAACAUUCUGAAUGAGAUUGUAAUGAAGUUAGUGAUCAUGAUCAUGUGGUACUCUCCCCUGGGUAUCGCCUGCCUGAUCUGCGGGAAGAUCAUUGCCAUCAAGGACUUAGAAGUGGUUGCUCAGCAGCUGGGGAUGUACAUGGUCACGGUGAUUGUGGGCCUCAUCAUCCACGGGGGCAUCUUUCUCCCCUUGAUUUACUUUCUAGUGACCAGGAAAAACCCUUUCUCCUUUUUUGCUGGCAUAUUCCAAGCUUGGAUCACUGCCCUGGGCACUGCUUCCAGUGCUGGAACUUUGCCUGUCACCUUCCGUUGCCUGGAAGAAAAUCUGGGGAUUGACAAGCGCGUGACUAGAUUUGUCCUCCCUGUCGGAGCGACCAUUAACAUGGAUGGAACGGCCCUUUAUGAAGCGGUGGCUGCCAUCUUCAUUGCUCAGAUGAACGGUGUUGUCCUGGAUGGCGGGCAGAUUGUGACUGUGAGCCUCACAGCCACGCUGGCAAGCGUCGGUGCAGCCAGUAUCCCCAGUGCCGGGCUGGUCACCAUGCUCCUCAUCCUGACAGCCGUGGGCUUGCCGACGGAGGACAUCAGCCUGCUGGUGGCUGUGGACUGGCUGCUGGACAGGAUGAGAACUUCAGUCAAUGUGGUGGGUGACUCUUUUGGGGCUGGGAUUGUCUAUCACCUCUCCAAGUCCGAGCUGGAUACCAUUGACUCUCAGCAUCGUGUGCAUGAAGAUAUUGAAAUGACCAAGACUCAGUCCAUUUAUGAUGACAUGAAGAACCAUAGGGAAAGCAACUCUAGUCAAUGUGUCUAUGCCGCACACAACUCUGUCAUAGUAGAUGAGUGCAAGGUAACUCUGGCAGCCAACGGAAAGUCAGCAGACGGCAGUGUUGAGGAAGAACCUUGGAAACGUGAAAAAUGAGAAUAUAUGACCCUCAGCAAGUUCUUGAAUAAAAUCCCCAGCGUAUCUUAUGGUAACAGAGGAUAUAAACAAGCUUUCUUUCAAAAGGAAAAAAAUACAUGUGUUUCUAUGUUUACUUAAUCCAUUAGCUGAGGCUUAGAAGAUCUGUUGUGAGUCAGUGAUAGGCAUGGUGCUGUCUUUGCCAAAUAAUGCUUCGUAACCGUCUAAUUUUCUCACUUGUAUUAUUGUCGGAAUGGAUGCUGCUGGAGGAAUCGGUUUGAAUUGAAGACGCAUUCUUGCCAGCUUCCCUUUUCUUUCAAGAUGCAGAACUGUGGCUGCUCUUUUCCUGGGGAAUGUGACCAGAGCACAACACUCCAGGGACUUGGGAUGAUGAGCAGACACCCGAGUGUGUCAUUUGUGUGUUCUCCAUGCUUCACCUUGUUAUGCACAAGAGAGUCUGUCAGAAGCCUCUAGAAGUAGUUUUCCUUCAAUGUCUUGUAGAGUUUGCCCGUGUGUUGAUAAAAGCAAGUACCUGUCUAGGGGAACUGUGACAAUUUUUCUUCCAUGUGCUCUUUGAGCUAAAUGUUUCAGAGGGUGGUAGUGGGAGCCAUAGUCUUAAAGACAGCUGGAACCCACGGGCCUCUGCUCUGUCCUACCUAGUCUGUGGACAUUUGUUAUUGAAAUUUCACAGUGUGUUACAUGAUUUGCUCUAAAUGUGAUAAUGGAUUAGAAUGUAAUUUGCAUAGAACCACUGUAUAUAUUGUGUAAGGGAGCACAUAGUCAGCAUAAAUUUUGACCAGAUUCAAAUAUUCAAAUUCAUUUAUCUUUGGUUUGCAUUCAUCUGCUAUAGUGAAAUCAAGAGAGAUCAUCUCUGCUCCACUUGUUUCACCCAUAGAAUUCUUGCUAGGGUUCUAACAAAAAGACAUUUUGGAUCCUCAAGUUAUUUCCUUCAUAUUCUCAGUUAACCAGAAGGCCUAACCAUUUCUCUCUCCUUAUAUGUGGGGGAAAGUUGAAUUGACUAUGCCUCUUUUAAUACUGUCUCUUGAUAAAUCGGAAGGCUGUCAUUUAUCUAAUAUGUAUUAUAGAAAGCUGUUUGUUGUGUUCUAUCAAAGCACAUAAAACCAAUAGCAGGACACAGCUGGAAGCAGAAACAGCCUUCCUCCCCCAUCUCCUCCGUAGAAAGGAACGGAAAACAAGCACAUGUGCAAAAUUCUAAAAAGGUGACAUUCCUAUGGCCAAGUCCAGGCAGCUUUGAACUGUGAAGUGGGAACAGAGGAUGGUUCCACGCAACUUCACAGUGGAAUGCUAUCAAGGCUGCCAAAGUCUGGGGCAUAAAUGAUGUCAUUGGAGUAGCACCGUGCCUUGCGUGCUGUAGACACCCAACGUGUCCUGAAUGAGUGUGUAAGUUAAAGUUUUUCAGUGUCUCUACUAUCAUUUUCUGUUGAAUAACCCAUAGUCAUUUUCUAAGGUGUCUGGCUUUUGGAGUUUGCUGAGGAUGUGAACACGGAUCAUGGAGAAAUAAAUCACAUCUGACCCUCAGGCAUGUGUGGGACGUAGGUCCAAACAUGGGAGUCAGGUGGUCCUCUGAGGCCAGCAGAUGGAUGCUGAGAUAACCAGGAACAGAAUCUAAAUUCCCCAAAGAUAGGCUAUUCAUGGAUAUCACGUACCCUUCGUUACCUACUCCUUGUGACUUUUCCCUUCCAAAUCAGACACCUUUGGGUCAUACAAAAGACACGAGACUUCAGGUUUUCUUUUUGUUGUUGUUUUUGUCUCUCAAGCCCUGGUUAUGUUGGUUAAGGAUCAUUAUGGGGCAGCAUUAAGCAGAGUUUUGCUUUUAAAAGAUGGCAUUGGUUUUUAUUGUCAUUUGAUGGACAGUUAACGUCGGGUGGCCAAGGAUGUGUUGAAUUGUAGUUGUGGGAACUGUAUCCUUUGCAGCAGAUGCUGUGGGUCAAGGGGACAGUUCCUGGAUUCAGCUGUGAAACUGUUAAGGGUUGUCUGUAAGUGGCAUUCACAGGAGCUUUUCUGUGAGAGGAGAAAGAGCUCAGCAAGGCAGCUAGGAGCUUGUGGGCUUUGCUGUUUAAGGCCAGCUUCGCACACACAUACAUGCUUAAAGGGGUAGUCUAAGGGCCGUCUUCCCAUGACUCUACUUAAAUGUCUUCUUCGUUUGCUUUGUUUUCAACUCUUUCCUAGCCACCCAGCUAGCUUAUAAAUAUAUAAGGGGACAGUGUGUUCAGAAGAAACAAUGUGCACAGCUUAACAAAGUGGAUAUUUCUGGUUUGAGACUGUAUGCAAUAAGUUCCAUGAGAAUAUACUUAAAAUAUCAUAUUUAAUCUGGAUUCAACUAAUCACAUUAAAAAUGAACACUUUCUAAAAUUCAAGACAAGCCUGACAGUCCAGGAUGCAUGUAGAGCUGACAUAUGACUUUGUCCGUUGAUUUUUUUUUGACCUCGUUCAUUUUUCUCCUUCCGUGCAUUGGGGUUUUCCUUGCCCCGUAUACGUGCCAUAAACAGAACACAUAGACCCAGGGUAUACCUCUUACAACUUUUUCUAAGUAGGACAUGUGUGACCUGCCAGCAAUAUACCUAGAUUGAUAUUAAUAGCUCCAACACAGAUAUAAAUGCUUAUAAUCAUCCACUACUAUUUGAUGAUGCAUACAUGUUGUAUUUAUUUACAGGUAUGGCAGUCCAGAUACAUACAAUGCAUUCUCUAAGGUUUGUAAGUUGGCUUUGGCAAAACCAUUUUGUUAUAAACACAUUUACUCCUUUUAAGCAUCAGAACUGUUUCAGAAGAAAACCAGCUAAGCAGACUUUAAUCCUUCCCUAUCUUAUUUUUGCCCAUGGGAAACCCAAGGAGAAUUAUCAUUAGAUUACCUACUAACAAUUCUAUGUAGCAGACCUAAUGACUUAUCUCUCAAGAUAAGGCUUUAUCUGAGGUAUUUGAGGAUGUGCUUCCCUCCCAUGCAAAGCGCACCAGAGAAUCAAGGCAAUCAUAGAUCACAGAGAACCUCAAUAUAGGACUGCAGGUAAUGACAUCCGAGGCAGGUAGCUCUCAGAUUCAACUCCUUCCAGGCCACUGGGUGUAGAAACACCACCCAUUGUCUUGUUUCCUGUGGAAGUUAACCAUGUCUCGUGAAAGACACAUAUUUACUUCUGUUCUCCAACUACUAGUUAGCCUGGACGUUUGCAAACCCAAAGCAAGGAUACCAAGAUGCCUGUGCCUGGAUUUAGGCUGGAAGCUGAGAAAGGCUUAUGGGAAAUUCAGUUUGGGGCAGAUAUUCUCCUGGUAGAUAAUGCCAGCAAUCCCAUGACCCAGUGAUUUGAGGGCCUCAGGUCAUUUCUACUAGUGGAUUGGGAAGUACGUCAUUUUCAUGUGUGUUGAAAGUCAAGAAGCCCUUCCGGAGUUGGGCAACUCACCUACUGGGUCCCCAAAAGGAAGCCCAACCCUGCCAUGCUUUUGCAAUACCACACUUCCCUCUGUUCUCCAUAGCAAAAGUUAAGGUACAAUAUUUCACUCUUGUCAGAGUUAGAGCUUCUGUCUGAGCUACAUUUUCCCAGGAAUAUAGCAGUAAGUUCAAAUAAGUAUGCACAAGCUCAGAGAGAAUUACCGUAGCUCUCACUUGCUGAACAAGUCUCAGCAGCUCCUGCCUGGUUUGAUCACUAAAAGUGCUCAGCAGUUACACCCAGUGGGGGCAGCUCUUCCCCAUCACUGCUGUCAAACUCGUGGGUCCAUGCACUUGUCUGGGUCGCUGCUUUUGCUUCGCUUGUUCUCCAGAUGACCUCAUCCCAAGAUGAGACAAAGGACCACGUGGAAAUUUUCAGUGAUUGUAAUACUUGCUCUUUGAAUAGUAGUAGGGCCUGGGAGCCUGGGAAGAUGAAGCUGAGAGCCUGAAGUCAUUCUAAAGUGAGAGUUUUGUAAUUCCAGUUGUCAUAGGAGAGUAGUGGUCUCCUUAUCUGCGGUAGUUUCUGGCUAACACCUAGAAGGAAGGCUACUGAGUGCCAUCUGGAGCAGGCUGCAUUAUAGGCAGACUGCUCUUCUUGAGUGAAGUAAGUUCAAAGCUGCUUAUAAUUUUCCCAAAACAAAAGCCCCAUUUCUUACUCUUUUGCCUCUUUUCUUCUUAUUCCACAUGUCGUUGUUGCUGCUGAAGAGACGGUUUUGUAAACGACCAUAAGCGAGUGUAAGGGUUGGUGAUUGAAUAGAUGACAGGGGAUCCUCAUCGAAUAGUAUCUGAUUUUAUAGCAUAACGCAGCUAAUUCAGGUAAUGCCACACAGACAGUGAGAAAUAACAGUUGGGUAGAGGAAACACGUGACUUAGACUCUGCCAGUCGUCAGCUGUAUAAUUUAUGCAAGUUGCUUUAUGCCCAAACUUCAUUCCUUCCCAUACAUAAAGGGAGAGAGUUGGAUUAAAUUAUUAAAACCAGCUUCCAGCCCUGAGAACCCAUGAUAUUAUGAUCUCCGCUUUAAUUUUCUUUUUCCUAAGAGGCUUAUUACUAUAAAAUAUUACUUUAUACUUUAAGUCAGAGAGGCCCACAAUAAUGACUAAUCAAUUUGGAUUCUUCUCAUCCCCUUUGGGAGAAAUUAAAUUCAAGCCUCUCUCAUUAUUGAUGUUUUACAAGCUUGGAAGAUGGCCACGUUAAUCUACUACUUGGUGUUUUGGAACACAAACAGACAUACUUUUAUAAAACUGCUCUUUACUUAAACUCACUGUCCUAGUCAAAGUAGCAAUUCAGCUCAGGGAAAAAUACUGCCAGAGUCAUCAUAAGAGGACUGGAUGCAUCUACAGCCUCACUUGAGCUCUUGCAUCAUUCCUGCUAUAGCAACAGAGCCCACUCGAAUACCCAAAACACAGUUUUCUUCAACAGUCCCAAUUGCCAACCCAGUAUGGGAGUCUGGGAGCCAUUGGCAAAUAAACUGAACAGUCUUAUGAAAUUUGGUGCAAGACUUACACAAUAACAGCAAUGGUCUGUGAAUGCCUUCCCUCCCCUCCUGUGCACAGACACGCACAGCCCAUGCGCAGCAGGGCCUGAGGCAAGUCCUUUCCCUGGAGAGGUGUACAGGGGUAUUUGGUUGAAUUCGUUUUCCAGUUUUCCUCUUGGUUUGCAUCCCAUCACAGGUAGAAAAGUUCUGACAAGAAUAGAGUCAGGCUGGCUGUCGCUGCCCUCGCCAAUGCCCGAAGAGUUUCUAGGAUGGAUAGGUUGUGUGGUCUGUCUGUGAGGUACAUGCUACCAGCUAUGGCCUUGAACAACCUGCUGUACUUCCUGUUUCUGCUGCAGUGAGCCGCUGCUUGCAUCCUUGCCCUUUGUCCAAACUGUUGCUAAAUAUGGAAUAGAUUUGAUGUGUGUUGUGUUGUGAGCACCUUUACCACUAGAGAAGACUUCAGCUCUUUAGAUUCGGGGUAACUAGAUAUAAAACUAGAACUGAAAGGAUUGGGUUAGCUUUUUUUAUCAUUACAUUUUUAGUACAGAAGACCUGAUGUGAGAGCAGCAAGAAAAAGAUUAUUCCUUAACUGACCCAUAUAUGAACUUGUAAAAAAGUAAGAGAAGCCCCCUGGUUCUUAUUUCAUUCAUUCUACAUAACAUUCUGAAUAAUUACUAAUCGGUUUUUUGCUGUGUCCAGCCUUGCUUCAUCUUCCUACCUCCAGACCAAGUGUCCAUUUUGAUAUUUUUAAAGCCCUUCUGAUUGUUGUAUAGGAACCUCCUGGGCUGAGAAUAAAACCUGCUACUGGAACAGAACCCACUCCUUUGCAGAAUCAGCACUGGACCUAGGGUGUGGGUAGCAAUAAGUCUCCACUUCCGCUGGAGACACCCCAGUUCCUGGGUGAGUGAUGGAACGUAACAGGUCACUGACACCUUUGUCAUCGUCCCCCACAGAGAUGGGGAUGAUGCAAUCAGAGCCGCGCUCCUCCUGGGGCUCCAUUUCUUCUCGCAGCAACCAUUUAGCCUGGCUCCAAAACGGCCUGCUGCCUUCGGUAGGAGAGAUGCACACACGAGCCGAGGAAGGCAGUCGAGUGUGUCUCUGAGGCUUCUCCCUGUGGAGUGAAUUCCCUGGGAUGGAAGAUCAGGAAGCUGGCACUCUGGUCGCUCAGUGUUCCAGAAGAGUAUAUUCCCCACCAGGAACUCAUCCUUAGACACCCGGAUCUUUCCACAAAUCCCCCGCACUCGCUCCCUUCCUCCUUCCCCUGGUGAACCUCAGCAUUAUUUCUCCACAUUGCACAACACAGACCAGAUUAUCUGGUCACUAUAGAGAUUUGUAUAUAAAAAAACUACUUUUGUGAGGAUUUUUGUAUAUUGUUUUUCUAUUUGUUUUCUACAGCUUGAGGAGAGAGCUGGCAAACUGUGAAUCUAAUUUGAGCUUGCUGCCAGCAGAUAUAUUUUGGCUUCCUGAGAAGAAUCUAUGCUACUAGAGCCAAUAUAUUGCCCUCAGUCAGUAUUGCACCCCAAACUCACAAAUUCCUUCAGCCCAAUCUUAUAUUCUUUUUUUAAACAAAUCCCUGGGCUUCUUUGCUAUUAUUAUUUAUAAAGAGCAUGAGAAAAUGUAUUUAUAGUCCUGGAUAUUAUAUGUUUAAUAUUGAGUUAGCCUUUAGUAAUGUUACAGGUUUAUAUCUAUUCUUCAUAAAUCAUAAAGAACUCAGUGUAGACUGAAUUCCUCUAUUUAGUAUCUGUAAUUUUGCAGACAGAUAUUUUCUUAUGGUAUUUUCUAUAUAACCACAUAUGUAGAACUAUAACCAAUUACCGCACAAGAAGUUUCGGCAGCAAUUUAGAGCUAUCAGUUGUUUCCUGAGCCACAUUUAAAAAAUGCAGGGAUCCAGUCCUUCAUGAUGCAAUGAACAAAAUGACCAUAAAGAACAAGGAAUCCUUAAAUCCCUUAGGAUAUACAUCUUACCAGCUAGUCUUUGUAACUCCAGGGAUGGUGCUGACUUCUUCUUUUUGACACCAGGCCUUGUUUUUCCAGUUAAGCAUUCGAAUUAUACUUUUCUCCAAGAUGCUGGAAAAGAAGGUGAUAAUAGCAGGAUCAUCUCUAUCCCAGAGUCUCCCAUGCCUUCUUAAUGAUUUAUGUAAAAACUGGCUUGGGAAAAUUCGAACUGCUGAGAUUUGAGGUUAGUGCUAGGAAGCAAAUCAGGACAGAUGUAUUUCAGUUCAUUCUUGCCAAGAAAAUUGGUAAUAAAUGUCACAUCAUUAUGUGAAUUGGACACAUAUUUUCAGGAAAAAAAAAUGAAGCAAUCCUGGGGCUAUAGGUAGGAGCUUAAAGUCAUACUGAAAUUGUUUAGAAGCAGCCCAGGAAGAUUCUGUCCUCGGGCGAAUAACAACCUAUGCCAUUUUCCCAAGGCAAAUCAAUAGCCACUUCAAAGGGGGUCUUCCUUCCACCUUCCUACCUCCAGACCAAGUAUCCACUUAGAUAUCUUUAAAAGCCCUUCUGACGGGUAUAUAGGGCCCUGGUGUGCUGAGAAUAAAACCCCACUGCUCUGCAGAGUCAGCACUGGCCCUGGAGUCCAUGUAGCAACACGCCUCCCCUUCCACUGGAGACAGCCCAGUUCCUUCCACCAAGCACACUUUCCAAUAUGCUUAUAGGGCUAGUAUUCUUGCCAUGUUUUAAGAUGUAGUCACUUACAUAGUAAGUGUACUGGGAUAUAUUUGAGCUUGCUCCUCAUUAAACAAACAGAUUAGAAGUUCCCUCAACUGGCAACGAUUGUAUCUGUGAUUUCCAAGUACAGAUAGCUGUCAAAGCAUGAAGUUCUUGUGUGUACACAGUAACACUUGGUUCACGCAUGAAGAAGAGUGCCUAUGCACUUGUGUAGCAAUACUGUAGGUAUCUAUGUGUAAUUUCAGUGAAAUGGUGCAUAGAUAUAAUUUAAAUGUUAUUCUUGACUGCUCAUCUAAAUGUAGUAGACUUCUUGACUGGUGUUUUGAAAACCCUUGUUUUCCUUUUCAGAUACCUAGUAGUGAGUCCGUUCUCCUUUUUCUUUAUGUGAUAUGGGGACGUAUAUCAGUGAAAAACUUAUCCAUGAUUCUUUGUACCGAUGAUUGAAGUUUGCAUGCAUCCAGCAUCUUUGUAGACAUGCAAUUCAGAGCAAGGGAGAGUUAGUGGGCCAUGGUCCUCAGUGAAAAGUCAUCUGCCACCUGUGUAGUGCAUGGUGAAUGCAGCUGUGGAACUUUUGAUUGUCUAAGCUGAGCCAGGUUUAACAUGAGGACAUUUAUCUACAGCCCUCCUCUGCUGGGUGGAUGGGGCUCAGAGACACAGAAGGUUAGUCUGCUUCUGUGUGUGUUAGCAUCAUGUCCUCGGGUAAAGGUCUGCCUCUUUGAUUGCCAAAUACCAAUCAUGAUGCUCAUGACUUAAAGGUUCAGAAGAGCCUUGUCCCCCUUGGUUUCUGGAGUCAUGGUACUGAAAAGAUAUUUCCUGACUAGCUGCCAUGUGGGCCAAACCCCACAAAAGCACAGUUCUGGCAGUAAAAUUGCACAGGUGUCAGUGAAAGCUAGGGCCCUAGAAGCACAGGAAUGGUCAGUGUACAGCUUUGGGGUUGCAGAAAGGCAACUGAUGAAGCACAGAUCCCACAUACGUGAAGGGAGUAUGAACUCUGUCUAGCAGGCUCUGUGUGCAUGUUUGGAGUGACUGGAGGUGACGUUAACUAAUGCAAUGAUACACUUGCUGCCUAAAAUGCGCAUUCUGUCUAAUUAUCACUAAAUGAGAUGCUGUGGGGUCUAUAGUUCCCGUAACCCCCUUUUCCUCUGCAAGGACAGAGAACAGCCAUGUGCAUUUGGGCCUCCUCUCUUUCCACAAGAGGAGUGAAGCCUAAGAGAUCCCCUAAGGGCACAAAGCAGGUCAAUUUUCAGCAGCUUCUCCAGUGAUUGAAGUGAGAGCUCUAUACAUGGUGGAAUGCCACACUUUUCCUUGAAAAUGUGGCUUCUCCAACUUCUGUCCAAUUCAGGGUAGAACCCUUACUGAAGGAAAGCUAGCCCUUGGGCAAGAUUUUCUCUGAAGAGUCUUGUGUGUCCAGAAUAAAAGAUAAGAAUGAUUGUUUUCCUCAUAUUCACAAUCCCCGUUGGUCUGAAGUCAUGUAGCGUAGAGCAUCUAUAGCACAUAGUGUAUAAAGACUAAUGAAGGAACAAAGGUAAAAACGUCAACUAAAUUUGUGGGUUGUUUGUUAUGUAUGAUACUAGGAAAUGCCUUGUUGGCAAAGCACAUUUUGGGUAGUUGAGGUCUUUUGUCUUCACCUUUAGCUUUCUAAGCUUUCUUACAAUGUGGACUGAUUACUGUAACAUUUCAUGUAUAAAAUAACUGGAUAUUCUUUCUAUACUGGAAAUAAUCUGUGAAUCCACGAUUUCACUAAGUGUUUUAACUUUUAUGUAUAUAUAUCUCAUCAAUA